AUGGUAGAAUGGACAGAUGCACAAACACGUACUCUAAUCGAAGAACAAAGAAAUAGAAAUAUAGAGUACCAUAACCUCGGAAGAAAUCGAAAUGUAUUUUGGAAUAAUAUUGCAAAUAGAGUCAAUCAAGAGCAUAAUACUAGUUUUACUGGUUAUCAUUGUAAAGAAAAAUUUUCGAAUCUUGUGAGGAGUUACAAUGCAAUGUGUGAAUAUAUAUCAGGUAGACGUGGAGCACAUAGAAAUCGAAUGGGUGCGCAAUACUUUGAUGAAGAUGUGGGAAAUACAACACCAGCACCAUCUAUUGAGGAAGUUAAACGUGAAUUAGGCAUGAGAUCUUCUGUUAGACGAAUAAACUGGAGUUUAUCUGAUAUUAGCAGGAGGAGUCGAAGACAAUCACCCUAUCCCACUUUAACCCAUGAUGAAAUUAACAUUAAUACAAACAAUCCUGAACAAAAUAUUGGCCGCGCCAGCUCCGCUAAGACAUCAUCUCUUCAACCACCACCUUAUGAGGCUACAAAUGAAGCACAAAAUCAGAGUCAAGACGAUUCCAAUAAUUUAUCAUCUAAUUUAUCAAAUCUGCUCUUAUCACGAAACGAAAGUGAUGUCAGUAUGCAUGAUGUAAUAGGUAGUCAACCACUCUCUUAUAUGGAAUCGAUAAAUGAGGAAGAAAGAUAA